AGUCGCGAGAAGGGGAAUGAGAGAGAAAACAGAGAAGCGGAAAAAGUGUAUGAAACUGAAAUUGCUAUACGAGAGAAAGAGAGAGAGAGAGGAGUGUUCAUUCAAUACUUCUUGUUUGUUUCCUCUUCCGCACUUGAUUAUAUGCUCCAUCACCCACCACCCUUAGGGAUCACACCUUUCAAGCAAGAAAUUCUCAUAUUUCCAAAAUGGAAUUUCAGGAGCAUCAUGUGGAAGCUGAACUUGGGAUGCCCGCAGCAGCAGCGAGCUAUGAGGAGUUCGGAAUGCCACCAAAUCACGGCCAAGAGGAGCCAGUGGUGGCGGCGGUGCCGGUACCACCACCCGCCAACACCAUGGCCCGCAACAGCGGCAAGGGAAAGUACCAGGAGUGCCUCAAGAACCACGCAGUUGGAAUCGGCGGCCACGCCCUCGACGGCUGCGCCGAGUUCCUGCCGGCGGGCGAGGAGGGAACCCUGGACGCGCUAAAGUGCGCCGCGUGCAACUGCCACAGAAACUUCCACCGCAAGGAGACCCCGGACGGCACCUACUUGCUGCCCUUCCACCACCGCCACCAGCCACCGCCGCCGCCGUUCGCGCCGUACUACCGUGCGCCGGCUGGCUACCUGCACAUGACGGGACCGCAGCACGCCACGCUGGCGCUUCCCUCCACGUCAGGAGGGGGUGGGACCCAGUCCCCUAGGGAGGACCAGGGAGACCUGUCGGACCCACCAACGAGUGGUGCCACCACUCACGGUGGGUCCAGCAGCAAGAAGCGUUUCAGGACAAAAUUCACCCAGCAGCAGAAGGACAAGAUGCUGGCCUUCGCGGAGAAACUUGGCUGGAGGAUUCAAAAGCACGACGAGGGUGUCGUGCAGGAGUUCUGCUCGGAAACCGGCGUUCAGCGUCAUGUCCUUAAGGUGUGGAUGCAUAACAACAAGCACACCUUGGGUAAAAAGCCCUAGAAGGACAAAAAAUUCCACCCCCCUUCCCUCUCUAUAUAUGUUUCUAUGUUUUUAGUUACUAUAAUAACAAUAUCAGCCGCUAUUCCAAGCUGAAAGCUCAACGUUGAAGCCUGGGAGAUUGCACUGCUGAAUGUCGGACAAGCUAUGCUCGUGCUAGCUGAUCCAGACAUUAGUUCUUAGGGCCUUUUUUUUCUUUUCUCUUUAUAUAUGUUGGUUGUUUCAUUGUCUUAGGACAAGGGAGAAGGGUGGGGGUAUUUCGGUAAUCCAUUUGGUCAUGUUGGCUAGUAUAAUGUUUGAGGAUCCAUGAUUCUAAUUCCAGCAACAUGUUUGUGGACUAGUUUACUUGGUUAUGAUCAAUCAAUAGUGUUUUUUUCUCGA